UGAGCCCCUCUCCAGCCACGGAGCCUCCGGGGGCUGUUUUAUUACUGGAGGAGCACUACAGGGACGGCCAGGGUCUGCAGAACAAGAAACAAGAUGGAUGUUAGCAGCAAGGAGGCUCUGAUAGAGGCCCCUCCGGACUACACUCCCGUCCCCAGGAUACCCUGCCUCUCCCCUCACCUCAAAAGACUCUUGAUCAUCAUGGUGGUGGUUGUGAUCAUAGUCUUGGUUGUGCUGGGUUUCCUCCUGAUGGGACUGCACAUAUCCGAGAAGCACACAGAAACUGUUUUGCGAAUGACUAUUCACGGCCUGGAUGGGGAAGGGUCCUUGCAGCAGCUCUCCAUGAGCGGGAAAGAUAGGACAGGGACUUUCCACAUCAAGGCAGCAAUCAAUUCUUCAGCCACUGUCGUGUACGACUACCACCAUCUGCUGAUCUGCUACAAAUCCUGGCAAGGCCAAGCCUGCUACAUCACCAAGAUGGACAAGGAGAACAUUCAGGGCCUGGAUACCAUUGCCAAGAUGUUCCAGCAUUUCCAGCUCAAACAGGGUGAAGAGAUGGAGGAGGUGGGGUUCCCUGUGCCCCAGGCCAAUCGCUCCAUUUUGGGCACUACAAUUAACAUCCUGUGCAGCAACGUUCCCAUCUACUGGGCUUAGCAAGGGCUCAGGUCUCCGUGCAGUCUGAGCUCCUCAUCUCUGCUGUCGCUUCCCAGUGAGAUGGGCAUGGCGCCCUUGUAUCCAUAGUGCUGGGACUUCUCUCUUACAAUGAUGACUACAUUGUGUGUGCAAUCACCGGACAACUGGGCCUAGGCUUGGCCCGUGGGCCGGCGGGUGGGUGGUUGCAUGAUCUGCAGCCAUUGCAAAGCUUUUAUUCUGUUGCCACACAAAGCAGCUGGGAAUUUUCAGGUGGCGCUUGCAAUAAAAUGAGAGUUUCGUA